AUGACUCCAUUCGAGUCAUUUUGGGGCAAGAAACCGAAUGUUAGUACAUUAAGACCGUGGGGAAGUAAAUGCUACGUACUAGAUCAAACCGGAGAUCGAUCUAAGUUAGACGCGAAAGCAUUCCAAGCGAUAUUCGUUGGAAUAUCGGAAGUACAAGGCAAAAGCUGGAGAUACUACAAAUCAGGACUGAACAGGAUAUUACACUCGAGGAACAUUACCUUUCCGAGAGUAAACACGGUUAGUGAAGAACCCGGAAUUGACCAGGAUUGGGGAGAUACAGUCGCUCCGCCCGCUGAGGGGGAGAUGACUCAUGCCGACAGCGCUGCGGAACGACCGAAAGAACCUGCUGGAACAGGGGGAGUGCAUACAGUCAGCAAGGAAGAAAAGAGUGACUUGAACAAACCUGUAGAUAUAAAAAGUGAGCCUAAGAUUGAACAAAAAGCAUCCAACAAACCAACGAAACUCACUCACAAUAAUGUACUUAAACCUUAUACUACUCGUUCUCACUCUGCUAUGCGCAUUAACCCUAGCGCGACUACGAAUGCACUACAACAACUCAACACACUUACGUCCGGAACCAACAACGCAGGAGUCCAAACCCGCAGUCGGAAUCCUAAUGUUGCUCCCAUCAAACUCGACAACGUGCAAGGAGGGAUUACCCUCAAGAUCCGGCACCCUCCCAUGUCCGGUCAGUCAGGUUCUCAGCCAAAGAACGAAACUGCUAACCUUUUAAUAGAGUUCUCCGAUGUCCCUAUCACGCCCAGCGACCCCAAUAGCUCCGACGACACUGUACCUAGCGCAUACAACUUCUUCGACAGUCCCUCCACCGUACUACCCACCGAUACCGGCACCCCGGACCUUACCUACUCGAUGGUCACCCCAACAACACCCGAACCAACCAUCGACAAACUUUGCGAACAAUUCGAACAGCUAUACCUCAAUGAACCAUCGAUCCCCAAACAGCCGAACCCCACCUUGGCGUCGUCCGGAGAUAUGGAACCAACGUGGACGUUCAUCAACAAUGAACCGCCGACGCCGACGACCAACAGUCCUACCGUUGCGGAGGCGCUAUCCGGGCCAAACGCAGAGGAAUGGUGGAAGGCGAUGGCCAAGGAGGUCAGCACCCUCAAACGAAUGGGAACGUACGAACUAACAGACUUACCACCCGAACGCAAGGCGAUGGGGAACAAAUGGGUCCUUGUACUCAAGCACGACGAGAACGGCACACCCAUCCGACACAAGGCAAGACUUGUAGCCCAAGGAUUUAGUCAGCAACCCGGCAUUGAUUUUGACAAGACAUUCGCACCCGUCGUACGUCUUGAUUCAAUCCGUACGCUCGUAUCAAUCGCUAACCAGUACGAUUGGGAUAUACGACAGCUCAAUGUAAACUCGGCUUACCUACACGCCGAAGUUGACGAAGAUUUAUACAUGCAGCAAAUCCCUUAUUUUAGCGACGGUACGAACAAAGUGUUAAAAUUAAAGCGAUCAAUUUACGGACUGAAACAAGCAGGACGGAUGUGGAAUAAACUAUACAACACAAAGCUGAAAGCAAUCGGAUACACACCAUGCUUUACCGACGCAUGUGUAUACCACCGAAUCAACAACAUUAACGGUGAGCUGUGUGUGUCAAUCAUAGCUACACAUGUUGACGAUUCAAUUGUCAUAUCAUCGCCGAACCACUCUGAUAUUACAAUAUCCGAACUCUUGCGCGCAUUUGACAUGCGCGACCUCGGACCGAUACAUCACUUCCUUGGAAUAGCAUUCCAACGCGAUCGUAAGAAUGGCAUCAUCACACUCAACCAAGCAGCAUAUAUUAACUCACUAGUUGAUUAUGCAGGCCUUGCAGAAGCUUACCCCGCCGACACUCCUUUUAGCCCGACCGUACAACUCACUUGA